AACAACACGUAUUUCUCCUGGACAAAGUCUGACAGUCGAGUGUCCCGUCGAACACUGUGGAAAGUUACUCUAUGUCACGUGGUGUAAAUUUUCUCAUACAAGCCACUGUGAGAUCAUUCCAAAUAUGGAGAACAUAGAAAUCAGCCAGAAACAAGACCAAAAUAAGCUGAUCUCAUAUUUGAGUUUCACGCAGGUUUCCAUUAAGGAUGAUGGCCUGUACCGAUGUGAUUUAGGAUUCAAUCAUAACAGUGUCGGACAUGUCAUCAACAUCUCAGUUUCAGACCUAAACGAAGGGAUAGAAAACUCUGAUAAUUUUGCAGUUGAUUCAAACACUUCUAGUGAUGAUUACCCCUGGCUGCCCUAUUUCACGAUCUGCAGUAGCAUUGUGCUUCUAGUCACUAUAGUGAUAGUGUUGACUCUUGUUUGCUUUCAUGGCUGGAAAGGAACAUGGACCAGCAACAAUAGAAAGCAAGAGGAAAUAUCUACACAUACGAUACCGGAACUGCCCAAGACAAGCGUUCUUUUUUCUCCCACCGUGCGAACUCAAUCCUCGGUUCUGAACGAUGUCAACUCUUCAAGAAAAGUAGAAAGAACAACAUCAACAUCCCCUCCUCCUGCUCACAUUGGGAACCAGCCGGCUGUUGCAAACACAGCAGCUAAAACUCAAGUGUCUAACAGCGUACUGUACGCUGUCAUCAACUACCAACAAGGUGGGAGAGCAGACAGAAGGUCUGCAUGUAAACAAGGUGAAAAAAUAAAUGAUGCUGUUGUCAAUGUUAAUUAAAAGUUCUGAAAGAACUGCAAAACCUCCAUACUUGUGCAGAAGCGUCAUGGAACAGGUGUAGGUUAAGUGACAAUGCAGAAAGAGGGUUGUGGUCAUAAGGCCGUUACAAUUAAAGCAGAGGCAGCAAAGGUUAGUUUAUAUAUUUUUUGUUUAUUUUUUUUGUAUAUUUUAUUUUAUUUUAUUUCAUUAUAUUUUCAACAAUUCUGUGAUUUGAAAUUUUGAUAACAUUUUUUUUUAUAUAUAUAUGUUUUGCAUUAUCUUUACUUGAAGUUAUUAAAUGUCAGACAUGUUCAAAGAGCUACAUCAAAAGAAAACACAUGAGACCAUUCUAUUUAUACGUUUCCUGUACAACAUAUGCAGAGUUUGGCAGUAUGGCUGCAGGGAAACAACUAGUCUGACCUGCAAACCACAGAUGAGUGCUUUGGCUCAAAAUUACAGGAAGUUGAAGGUCAAAUGAUUUUUUUUUCCUAUAUGUGGGGUGAGCGAAGCAACUGCUAAACUAUUUGUUCCUACCCAGUGAGAGUUAAGACAAUUACUUUACUGCUAUGACGGGGAAAAGAAAAAUCAGAAAGGAGUCUGUUAAAUUCAUAUUAAGUGAUACAAAAUAUCUAAAACCAGUCAAAUAUUUUAUUACAGAAACAUCAGCAUGCAUGCAUAUCCUUUAGGUAUAAUACACACAGAACAAUAAAAAUGUCGUAAUUGAAGGGAAAGUCCUGCUUGAGUAAUUCUCUUUUGGUAAAAGUGCACAAAAACUAACAAUAAAAUGGAUUUUAGAGUACUAUUGGAUGCUUCACUGGUUUAAUAUGACACCUUAUUACAGUUAAGGUCAAAGGUAUUCAUACUUCUGGCAGUGUAGGGUUUAAAGUAAUCUUUGAAUUGACCAACAUGUUUCUUAUGACUGGAAGAAACAAUAACAUCUUAAGGUGGCCCAGCCAGAGUCCUGACUUCAAUCUGAUGGCGAAUCGGUGGUGGGAGCUACAGAUUAGGGUGAUGGGAAGGAGGCCUUCCAACAUAAAAGAGUUCACCAGAGGAAAAUCUUUAAAAUACCCAUUGGAAAAGCUGUUGUAGUGCCAAUAAAGAUUUUUCUAUUAAUUAUUAGGAAGGAUCAUUUUUUUUUAUUAAAAUGUAAAUAAAUACAGAUAAAUUAUUUUUUUUAUAGUUGCCAUAAUUCAUACUCUUUUGACAUCUAUCUUUUGAUAGAUUCUUGUUUAAUUAUGUUUUUUUUUAAAGUAACAACCUUCUAAGUUGAAUAAAAAUAAUUUGAAAAUGUAAAUCAGCCAGGGAUAUUUUUUUUUAAAUUUUGGCCUUAACUGUAAAUUUAAGGCACUGCUGAAAAUAGUACAUUACUUACCAUUACUAGAGUUAGUUAAACCUACUUUAUUUGCAGUUUUAUAAACUGGGACAUAACAAACUCUGUCACUGUUAACUUUAAAGAAACAUUUUCUAGUGGAAAUGUGUUACUUUAUUUAUAAGACACAGAAACAAAUCUAAUAUUUUCAGAUGAACUGUGGUCAAAGCAAAAAAAAACAACAAAUAACAGAAAACACAGGUAGAGUCUUCAUUAUGUUUUUUUUGUUGUAUUAUCUAUUCCUGCAAGAAAGCUUAUGGGACAGCAAAUACACACAUCUGCUUCUUAAAGGAGUACUCCAAGGCUGGACCCUGGACCCCUGUCUUAACAAUUCGCACCGCAUCCUUGGGACAGCUGAGACAGAGCAGUAGCAAAUCCAGUAGCAAUAACAGAGUCAAUUAGGGGCAACGUUUAGAGAAAAAAGAUGUGACAAGUGCACGUCAAGCUAGGGUAUUUCGAACUUAACAUGAAACUUCAGAGGACCAAAGUGAAAUGCCGCUAAAAAACAAUUUACCCUGCAAUACCAUGCUGACUUCCACUUCGUUUGGAUUUAGAGGAUUUAUUUGUCAGUAGAAAUGGUGAGAUGGUGAAUCAGAACCUGAAUUAAUGUUUUUUAUAAAAACACUACAGGUGUUAAAAAUGCUUAAAAAGAUCAUUGUUUGCAACUAUUUGUCAUCCAUAAAGACUUUUGCAUUUGACAUUGCAACGCGGUGUCUCAGCCUGCAUUUAAAUUCUGGUUUAGGUUUCUUACUCAUGUUUUAACUAUUGCCAUGCAACAGAUAUUCUACUAUUCAAAGUGAAACUGAUCCACAAAAUGGCAGCAUGUCUGGUGUUUAACAUCGCUCCCUCAACCAAUUUGAAAGCAACAAUGCAUUUCUUCAUUGGGAUUUCUGUAUCUAAAUCAAUUGUAAAAUUUUAUUUAUAUUGUUUGAACUUUAUUUGAAAUGUUUGUCUUUAAUCUACCUGUGUGGUAGAUUCACAUUAAUAGAUGUUUGGUGGGGCAAAGCUCCUGUCCUAACAAUCUUAAUGCAACACAUUUUUACAAGUGCGUUAUAUUUAAUUUAUGUCUCAUGUAACUGAUAAGAAACAUCUUAUUCUAAACAUAUAUGUGAAUGAGAGGGAAAAUAUGCCACAUUGAAGCUGUCUGGAGUAAAGUCUGAGAAGGUGGAUGAGUUUGGGGUCAGAGAAGAAGAGAUAGAAGAAGAAAGAGAUAGUUCAGGCAAGUCGGAGAAUCUGGAGACAAGUGAUUUGUGAGAGAAGGAGAGCUGCAAUAAUCAGAAAGGUUUUCAGUAACAAUGUGGUUAUGAUGUUUAAAUGCAGAGUCACUAUGUAAGAUUGGAUGAGGAGUUGAGGUGGAACAGCUAAGAAGAGCAAACAAAAUAGUGCAUAUUACAGUGAUGGUUCUGUAUAUCUGAAAGACACAGCUAAAGAGGCAAUGCUGAGAUGGUUUGGACAUGUGCAGAGGAAAGAAAUUAAGGUAGAUGAUGUGCUGUCUUUGCCCCUGGAAGGAGAAACUGAAGUAGAGAAAUAUAAGAAUUUCUUUGAACAGGCUGAAUACAAAUAGACAUUUUUUUCUAAUUUAUUGCUGUUUUUUAGUACAAGCUAAAAAAAAGUUAGGCUUCUGCUGUGUAUCAAAUAAAUUUUGCAAGUAAUGCUGUGACCUAACCCCAAAUAUAUUAAACAUUACUGCUCAUAUGAUGGCCCUGAAAUUUGUAUUCAACCCUUGAGACCACUGAUCAUUGCUCAUUCUGCUGAACUAAAUUCAAUUUGAUUACAUCUAACACAAUGUUCCUUAGUAAUUCUGUUUCAAAGGUUCCUCUGAAUGCACUGCUCCCAAAAACAAAAAAAAACUGGGAUGAGGAAAUUACAAAAAAAUAAUUAUAACGAUUAACAUGACCUCGCAUAAUGCCCAGUGGACUGAUUCCAAACUCAUAAAGGUGAAAAGUUAAAAUACAGCUGCAUGUAAAUCCCCUGUUGGAAAAAAAAAAAACUUGUCUCGCUGUGUGGAAGGUUUUUCUUUCAGCAGUGGUGUCUGGCAGUUACAGCCCACGCACAACCUCUGCCAUUAAAUUCUCCUCUCUCUCACACACACACACACACUGCUGUUUGCAUUUUAGUCACUGGUGAACAAAGCAAUCAUUCACUGCAACAAACUGACAGCAUGGUCACUUGUAUGAUCCCAGCAGCUGUUAUAGAUUUUCCUAAAGGAGGCACGCGUUUUACAGCCACAAAACCAACCAACUAAACACCACCUGCAGAGGAAUGUAGCCUCAAACAAAAUGUAGGUGCCAAGCCCAAGAUUGUUUAUGCAUGCCUUCAUCUAUGGAUACAAAUAAACUUUUUUACAGCAUAUACAUACAAACUUUAUUACACUGAGAUAGGGUGCAGGGGGAGUGAGUCUCCUGACUUGUUCUGCAACGUACAUCAUUUCUUAAGGUUUUGAGAAAUGUUGAAGACACGGUGGUGUAACACAAAUUCCUAACUUAAGUAGCCUGGCUAAUGUAAUCAAGAACCUACUGUAAUGGAAUUUUCUUAUCAAAGUAGGUUACAGGCAGAUACAGAUAUGAUCUAUUUCCACACAUCCAAACCAUGUUCUUAGGACAUGAGGACCCAUCUCUACUAGGAAAAGUAACAAGAACCCUGAUUAAUUUACCUCCCUGGUCAUACAACUUACUUCCAUUCGGUAAGGCUGUAAGAUUAAGAGUUAACACAAAGAGAUCUGGGACCAAAGAUCCUGAAAUAGUAUAAGCAGUUCUGAUAGGACAUGACUCAAAUUUAUGUCUGUUGAUUAAAGCACAUGAAACAGAUAUAAUAGUUUUGCAACCUUCUGUCUUCCCAAGGAAAUAAGGUGUGUUUUCCUCCUGUGUGAUACAAAUAAAGAAUUCCUGUAGGAGCCCAUAUUAAAUUAGUCUCACUAGAAAAUCUACUAACAUUUCUGCUUUGCCUUACAAUAUAAUUCCUCACCCAAGGAAAAAUAACCUCCACCAGCUGGUUAUGUCGCCUAUCUGGAAAGAAAGUA